AUGGCAUGGGAGAAUCAGUCCUUCAACUCAGGCUUCAUUCUACUUGGAAUCUUCAAUCACAGCCCAACCCACAUCUUCCUUUUCUCUCUAGUCUUGGGUAUCUUCUCAGUGGCCUUGGUAGGAAACUCUGCCAUGGUUCUCCUCAUUUACCUGGACAACCAACUGCACACUCCCAUGUACUUUCUUCUCAGCCAACUCUCCCUCAUGGACCUUAUGCUAAUCUCCACUACUGUACCCAAGAUGGCCUUCAACUAUUUAUCUGGCAGAAAGUUCAUUUCCCUGUCUAGUUGUGGAUUUCAGAUAUUCUUUUAUGUCUCCCUGCUUGGAGCGGAAUGUUUCCUGUUGGCUGCAAUGGCCUAUGACCGUUACGUUGCUAUUUGCCAACCAUUACGAUACUCAGUUCUCAUGAGUCAGAAAAUCUGUGGUCUUAUGUCUCUUGCUUCAUGGAUUCUUGGCUCUUUAGAUGGUAUAAUUGAAGCUGCAGUCACACUGUCCUUCUCAUAUUGUGGUGCCCGGGAAAUACCCCACUUCUUCUGUGAUGUCCCUGCCCUUCUUACUCUGUCAUGCACUAACACAUUGCUAUUUGAAAGAAUGAUAUUUAUCUGCUGUGUAAUUAUGCUUCUCUUCCCUGUAGCAGUUAUCAUUGCUUCCUAUGUUCGUGUUAUUCUGGCUGUCAUUCACAUGGGAUCUGGAGAAGGCCGUAGGAAAGCUUUUGCCACCUGCUCCUCCCACCUUACCGUUGUAGGACUUUAUUACGGAGCUGCUAUGUUCAUAUACAUGCGCCCCACUUCUGAUCGAUCCCCCAUCCAGGACAAGAUGGUGUCAGCCUUCUACACCAUCCUCACACCCAUGUUGAAUCCCCUCAUCUACAGCCUCCGCAACAAAGAAGUGGCUAGAGCGAUCAUGAAAGUGUUAGGGAAGGGCAAGUGUGGAAAAUAA